UCGGCAGCCUGACCGUCCCUCCUCCCCCACAGCACAGCUCCAGCCAACCAGCAUUGACAGGCAGGGCAGGGACCCGGAGGGACAAUCAGGAGGCUCAGGACAGCAGCACACACACACAUACAUUGGGAGCUGUGACACAGCAUUCGAGUAUUCCCAUUAGCUGUCAGCACAGGGACGCCAGCCUUGAUGCACCACCGCAAAGAGAAGCAGUGACAAGGAAAGCCAGGAAAUGGCGGGAGCAUCAGUGAAGGUCGCGGUGAGAGUGCGGCCAUUCAACUCGCGUGAAAUUGGAAAAGAUUCAAAAUGCAUUAUCCAGAUGUCUGGCAACACAACCACUAUUAUCAACCCUAAGCAGCCAAAGGAAACUCCCAAAAGCUUCAACUUUGAUUACUCUUACUGGUCCCACACUUCAAAUGAAGACAGCCAGUUUGCUGGACAGACACAGGUAUACCAAGAUAUCGGGGAGGAGAUGUUGCAGCAUGCUUUUGAGGGAUACAAUGUCUGCAUCUUUGCCUAUGGACAGACAGGAGCUGGUAAAUCAUACACUAUGAUGGGCAAACAGGAGCCAGAUCAGCAAGGAAUCAUACCUCAGCUCUGUGAAGACCUCUUCUCCCGUAUCAAUGACACAUCCAAUGACAACAUGUCUUAUUCUGUGGAGGUGAGUUAUAUGGAGAUAUACUGUGAGCGGGUCAGAGACCUUCUGAAUCCAAAGAACAAGGGCAAUCUACGUGUCCGUGAGCACCCCCUACUGGGACCAUAUGUUGAGGAUUUGUCAAAAUUGGCUGUAACAUCAUACCGUGACAUCCAAGACCUGAUGGACUCUGGUAACAAAGCCAGAACUGUGGCUGCCACAAACAUGAAUGAGACCAGCAGUCGCUCCCAUGCUGUAUUUAAUAUCAUCUUCACCCAGCGCAGGCAUGAUGCUGACAGCCAGAACACUACCGAGAAGGUCAGUAAAAUCAGUCUUGUGGACCUUGCAGGGAGUGAAAGAGCAGAUUCCACUGGUGCAAAAGGGACAAGACUAAAGGAAGGAGCAAAUAUCAAUAAGUCUCUGACAACUCUGGGAAAGGUUAUUUCUGCUCUUGCUGAAAUGGAUUCUGGAACAAAUAAGAAUAAGAAAAAGAAGAAGAAUGAUUUUGUCCCAUACAGAGACUCUGUACUCACCUGGCUUCUAAGAGAGAACCUGGGUGGAAACUCCCGGACUGCUAUGGUAGCUGCUUUAAGUCCGGCAGAUAUUAACUAUGAUGAGACCCUCAGCACCCUCCGAUAUGCUGAUCGUGCUAAACAAAUUCGCUGCAAUGCUGUUAUUAAUGAAGAUCCAAACAACAGGCUUAUCCGUGAGCUUAAAGAUGAGGUGGCCCGUCUGAGAGAACUUCUAGGUGCCCAAGGACUAUCUGACAUCAUUGACAAUGUGUGUCCUGUGGAUAACGCCAAUGUUCUACACACGCGUCAUGGUGCUGACAAUCUCUUCACAGCCGUGAAUGCCCUGACAGGCAUGAGCCCUUCUUCAUCCAUGUCUGGCUUGUCUAGUCGAGCUGCGUCUGUUUGCAGCCUGCAUGACCGCCUUGCGUUCACCCCCGGCAGUGAAGAAGCUAUUGAGAGGCUUAAGGAAACAGAGAAGAUCAUUGCUGAGCUCAAUGAAACCUGGGAAGAGAAGCUUCGCCGCACAGAGGCUAUUCGUAUGGACAGGGAAGCUCUAUUGGCAGAGAUGGGGGUUGCUAUGCGAGAAGAUGGAGGAACCCUUGGGGUGUUUUCACCUAAAAAGACUCCUCACUUGGUGAAUCUUAAUGAAGAUCCCUUGAUGUCUGAAUGUCUCUUAUAUUAUAUCAAAGAUGGCAUUACUAGAGUUGGCCGUGAGGAUAUAGAGAGAAGACAGGAUAUUGUCCUGAGUGGCCAUUUCAUCCGUGAUGAACACGGUGUUUUCCGCAGUCAUUCUAUGCCCUGUGGGUCAGUGGUGGUGACCCUGGAGCCUUGUGAUGGGGCUGACACAUAUGUGAAUGGGAAGAAAGUGACCGAACCGAUUAUACUUAGAUCUGGUAAUCGUAUCAUAAUGGGUAAGAGUCAUGUAUUUCGCUUUAACCACCCUGAACAAGCACGUCAAGAGAGAGAGCGCACUCCCUGUGCUGAGACCCCCAUGGAACCUGUGGACUGGGCAUUUGCUCAGAGGGAGCUGCUUGAGAAGCAGGGGAUAGACAUGAAGCAGGAAAUGGAGCAAAGGCUUCAAGAGCUGGAAGAACAGUACAGAAAGGAACGUGAAGAAGCAAAUUACCUCCUAGAGCAACAGAGACUGGAUUAUGAAAGUCGGUUGGAAGCACUUCAAAGACAGAUGGAUUCAAGAUAUUAUACUGAGACCAAUGAUGAAGAGGAGGAACCAGAGGAUGAAGUUCAAUGGACAGAACAGGAGUAUGAUCUGGCACUAUGGGCUUUUCGCAAGUGGAAAUGGUACCAAUUCACCUCUUUACGUGACCAGUUAUGGGGAAAUGCUAUAUUCCUCAAGGAGGCCAAUGCAAUCAGCGUCGAGCUGAAGAAGAAGGUCCAGUUCCAAUUCGUGCUGCUGACAGAUACUCUGUAUUCACCACUACCGCCUGAUUUGUUACCCCCUGAUGCUCAUUCUGAACGAGAGAAACGUCCCUUCCCAAGGACAAUUGUGGCCGUAGAGGUCCAGGACCAGAAGAAUGGUGCAACUCACUAUUGGACCUUGGAGAAACUCAGGCAGCGCCUGGACAUGAUGCGGGAAAUGUAUGACCGAGCAGCUGAGCUUCCAUCAGGUCUGAGUGACGACUGUGAUAAUGUGGUGACUGGGGGCGAUCCCUUCUAUGAUCGCUUCCCAUGGUUCCGUCUAGUGGGAAGGGCCUUUGUCUACCUGAGUAAUCUGCUGUACUCUGUGCCCUUGGUUCAUCGAGUCGCUAUUGUCAGUGAAAAAGGGGAAGUGAAAGGAUUCCUUCGAGUUGCUGUUCAGGCCAUUUCUGCUGAUGAGGAAGCUCCUGAUUAUGGCUCAGGAGUCAGACAGUCUGGAACAGCUAAAAUUUCUUUUGAUGACCAACAUUUCCAAAAGUUUCAGGCUGAAUCAUGUGCAGGAAUGACGCGCUCUGGUACAUCGCAGGAAGAACUCCGGAUAGUGGAAGGGGGUCAGGGCCAAAACCCAGACUCUGGCCCAAGUGCUGAUGAGGUUAACAAUAACACUUGUGCACCCUCUCAGCAAGCUGCUCUACUUGACAGUCCCAUUAAAGCUUCUUUUGAUCUGUGUGAUGGAGGUGGACAUCCCCUGAAACUGGGCAGCAUCUUCACCUUUAGAGUGACCGUUCUACAGGCCUCCAGCAUCCCCCCAGAAUAUGCGGACAUUUUUUGCCAGUUCAACUUCAUCCAUCGUCAUGAUGAAGCAUUUUCUACGGAACCUUUGAAGAACACAGGCCGCGGACCUCCACUGGGCUUCUACCAUGUUCAGAAUAUUGCUGUGGAGGUUACGCAGUCGUUUGUGGAGUAUGUGAAGACGCAGCCAAUAGUAUUUGAGGUUUUUGGGCAUUAUCAACAGCACCCAUUCCCUCCCCUGUGCAAAGAUGUGUUAAGUCCCUUGCGCUCCUCCAGACGUCUCCUCCCGCGAGUCAUGCCACUGUCCAAACCAGUUCCUGCCACUAAGUUAACUAGGCAACGUGUUCCCAGUACUGGUCAAUUCCACUCCAAGUAUGAUCUAAUGGCAUACUUCCAAAUCUGUGAACUGGAGGCAAAUGGAGACUAUAUACCUGUAGCAGUAGAUCAUGGUGUUGGCUUACCUUGUCAUGGUACAUUCCUUCUGCAUCAGGGCAUCCAAAGGCGCAUUUCAGUAACACUUGUGCAUGAAGCAGGAGCAGAACUGAAAUGGCAGGAAGUGCGGGAAUUGGUAGUAGGGAGAAUCAGGAAUACACCAGAGGCUGAUGAGUCUCUAAUUGACCCCAACAUCCUGUCCUUAAACAUCCUGUCUGCAGGGUAUCGCCCCCCAGAGGGAGGUGACCGGCAGUUUCUUGAUUCUGACACACCUAGCAGCCACUCCGUGCUGGGCACCAGGACAUUCUAUCAUUUUGAAGUGGCAUGGGACAGCUCUAUGCACAACUCUAUACUGCUGAAUCGUGUCACUCCUUAUAGAGAGAAGAUAUAUAUGACGCUGUCUGCUUAUGUAGAGCUGGAGAAUUGCACUCAGCCAGCUAUAAUCACCAAAGACUUCUGUAUGGUCUUUUAUUCUCGAGAUGCCAAACUGCCAGCUUGUCGCUCAAUUCGAAACCUAUUCGGUGCAGGAAGCCUGCGAGCUUCUGAGAGUAACCGCGUGACAGGCGUUUAUGAGCUCAGUCUUUGCCGAGUUGUAGAGGCCAGCAGUCCUGGGAUGCAGAGGAGACGCAGACGUGUACUGGACACAUCUGUGGCAUAUGUACGGGGUGAAGAGAACCUUGCAGGCUGGAGGCCAAGGAGUGACAGCUUAAUCCUUGAUCAUCAAUGGGAGUUGGAGAAACUGAGUCUACUUCAGGAGGUUGAGAGGACUCGUCAUUACCUGCUGCUACGGGAGAAACUGGAAUCCAUACUUAGGGGAGCCACAGAUGCUCUAACUCCUUCUCCUAGUGAUGAGAUGCCACCACUCAGCCCAACGUGCCAGCUGGUGCAACUCACAGAGGAAGGCUCUCCACAAGUAGAGCAAAACCCUCUGGAGACUGCCAGUGAGAGACAAAAAGAGCUUGCUGCCAAGUGUCUCCGACUGCUCACCCACACAUUUAACAGAGAGUACACCUACAGUCAUGUGUGUGUAAGCGCCAGUGAAAGCAAGCUGUCUGAGAUGUCAGUUACACUCCUCCGUGACCCCUCUCUUUCUGCAAUCGGGAUGUCAACUCUCACACCUUCCAGCACCUGUCCAUCCCUGGUAGAAGGACGAUACUGCAACUCAGAGUCCAGUCCCCAGCCACUCUCACGAUCUUUCAGUCCUGAGAGGGAUCUUCCAAGUCCUGCCAAAGAGCUGCAGAAGUCUCCCAGCACAGGGCUCAAGAUACCUUCUAGCUUGUUUAAUCCAGAUAUACAGGAAGUCCGGGUUAGCCCUAUUGUUUCUAAGAAAGGGUACUUGCACUUUUUGGAGCCUCACACCGGAGGCUGGGUAAAGAGGUAUGUGGUGGUCAGACGUCCCUAUGUAUACAUCUACAACAGUGAUCGGGAUCAAGUGGAGAGAGCCAUUCUUAAUCUCUCUCAGGCUCAGGUGGAGUACAGUGAGGAUCAACAGGCCAUGCUGAAGACCCCCAACACCUUUGCUGUGUGUACACAACAUCGCGGCAUUCUGCUGCAGGCCAGCAAUGACAAGGACAUGCAUGAUUGGCUGUAUGCCUUUAACCCUCUUCUGGCUGGCUCCAUUCGGUCUAAACUGUCUCGACGCAGAACAGCUCAAAUGAGAAUUUAAUGGAUGCUUACACACUUCCUUUUAUUCAUUGACAUGCUAAAGCAUUAAUUCACCUCACUCCACAAUCCCAAACUACACACAACAAGAGCCUCACUAGCUCAUCAGAUCUCUGUACUCACACUUACUUGUACUGCUUGUACGGAGACCUCCUGUACGCUCCUCAUGGCUGGGGGGAGGUAUUUCACAAGUCUAGGCACACUAGGUCACCCGAACUAGAUUUGUUCAUGUGCCACAUAGGGCUGGGCCUAGGGCAGCAAAUAUUUAAGGGGAUGGUAGUCUAUGCCAUGUUUCGUUGUCUUAUAACAGUUAUUUAUUUAUUUAAGUUUAU